AUGGCUCUGGUGCCAGCGUUGCUGCUGGCUGCGAUUGGGCAAGUUUUGUGCACGUGCCCACAUUCACAGGCAAUGUCAUGUUUGCUCGCAGACGAGGUGUCCAACAUGCAGCUGCAAGUUAAGGAAGCGGUGGGCGAGCAAUGGCGGUUGAGGCAGAAGCACCAGCACAAACCAGGGCGCGAGUGGAGGUGCGCAUUGCCAAGGUGGAAGCGAAGACACAAGCGGAAGUGUGCCAUCCAUGGUUAUCACCGAACCCACAGGAAGUACAAGAGGACAACAACAAUCACCCCGACAACGACCACGACAACGACGACCACGGCAUGCCCGUCCGUCGUGUAUUUCUCCUUCAACAGGUUUAAACGGCUUUCGCCGCUCCAACUUGACGGAGGCAACAUCACGGGUGUGAUCCGUGGAUUGUCAGAAGGAACUGGGCCCGCGAGCUCCGUCGAAGUGCUUACCAACACCGCAGGCUAUGGGAUUGGUGAGCACGUUGGCAGGCCUUAUGACAACAACUGGACGAUAAGCAAUGGGGUGGUCACUGCCUAUGACUUUGUUGGUCGCGGAUGGCGGAACAGUGCUCCGGAAGUUACAGAUUCUGACCUCCAUUUCCUUUCAAAGGAGAACUCUUGGGAGGUUGGAUUUGCGUGGCUCUUUCCAUCCGGCGCUGCGGUUAGCAUAGAGCAUACUCAGACAUGGGUUGACCAGUUGAGCGACCUCAUUAACUUGACCUUCAAGUAUGGCAGUGAGUGCCCAGGAGCAGCGUAG